GUCAGUAUCUUCGAUCCAUUGCACAUUUAGUACGCAGACACGGAACGUUACACACAAUUGUGAGAACUUGCAGCUCAAGUUUCAGCACUCCAGAACAUAGAACUAGAAUUCUAUUCAUUGCUCCAGACUGCUAAACUCUCAGCACAAUUGCAUUGUUUUCAUUCAAAUAGAAAUUUGAACUAAACCAGGAUUGACAUCUUAAGGGUUGACAUUUUAAUUCUUAAGCAACUCUAUUGAACUGGUUUAUUCGGUCGGAGGACCUAACUGAGAACGCUAAAAUGGAUUCUAGAAGUGAACUUUCAAAGACGGACAAAAUGUUUACUGCUGAAAAUAUGGAUGACAUUGUAACGCUAUUUCAUGAGGCGGAUGCUGAUGGAGGUGGAGGAUUGGACAUUGAAGAAUUCUGUGAAGGACUGAAGCAGUUAUUCCCUACUAUGGAUGAAGAAGAUCUCAUUGCCCUCCACAUGAAGAUUGACACAAAUGGAGAUGGAAGUGUGGACCUCGGGGAGUUAACAGACUACCUGGUGAACAAAAACAAGGCAUCACAAAAUAUGGCUUUUAAAAAUCAAAUCUUUCAACCUAUCGAAAUGAUAUCGGUGGAUCACCAUAAAGCGAUUGUUCGUCUGAUUCACCGUCCCUUCGAGAAUGACAGGAAACCUGAUCAUGGUUCAGAGGUUUAUGGACAAACCAGCACUUACCAAAAAGGUCAAUACCUCUCCAUCAGCUCGAAUGGUAUCCUCAACUUCUGGCCUGACAGCUUUGACACCCCUACCCGUUCAUUAUACAAAAAGGAAAACACACUUCCUUUUUCACACAACAAGAAAAUGCACGUUACUGACAUGGUCUACAUCAGUGAACUCAAACAACUGGCUAUCUCCACUUCUGACAGGGAACUAAUAUUCUAUCGCUGCAAUGAAUUCCCUAAGUUGUUUUCAACCAGCCACUCUUUAAUAGUAGAGGACAACAUAGUGAAUACCAUGAACUACUGGUCCAAAGGCACUAAAGCAGUGUUUUCCUUUGGCGAUGUAAAAGGUUUUUUGUCUGUGUUUGUCUCCUACAACAUAUGUGAAAACGGCCUCUUCUUCAACGGUGCAUAUGAGAAAAUCUCUCUGCGGGAUUAUCCAACUGUUUAUGUUUCAACCCUGUUAAAAAACCCCUCUAAAGACUUUCUAUGUGUGAAGGUCAACAUCUUUAAUGACAUUUGCAGUCAGAUCCAAUAUUUUCCAUCACUUAGGUCGUUUGCUAUCUGCGGUAGUUCAUCCAAGACAAUGGUCCUUGCUUCUCUACCCAAGACAUCCACAACCAAAAUGUCUACAACAGUCUUUAAGAGCAGAGGACAUGUGGACUUCUUCACCUGUGUAGAAUACUCCACUUCCUCUGGGUAUCUGCUGACCGGUGGGACGGAUGCCCUACUGAGGACAUGGUUUCCCCACAAAACAGUGUCAUGCGUCCAGGAAUUAAAGGGACAUGCCAAACCCAUCACCCAUAUAAUGUUAAAUCCCAAGGAAAAAGUUUUUGUUAGUUUAUCGCUGGACCACCAUAUAUGUGUUUGGUCAGAGGAUGCACUGAUCUGUUUGCAAAGCUUCAAGAUAAAAGAAAUGAUGCAGAGUCCUAUCUCCAGUGUGUGUUACAACACACACAACAAUGAGUUAGUCCUAGCUAACACAGAUAUUGGCAAAUAUCUUGGAAGAGGAACUGAUGUGUUUAAAAAUGCAUUAACAUCGCAUGACAAGCCCCUGUGCUGUGCUCUCUAUCACAACAUUUUCAAACAGGUUGUCUCUGUUUGCCAAAAUGGCGUGGUGACAGUGUGGGAUAUCUUAACAGGAACGGCCGCCAUGCAGUUCAAGGUGACUCCAGAUCAGUACGUGGGGCAUGUUGCUAUUUUUGAUGGACUAAAGCGCAGACUGAUCACAAUUUCCCAGGAUGGAAAAGUUAAACUUUGGAACUUCAACAACGGAACAGAGCUUGCCAUUCUUCCUGUUACCGUACAAAGGGAGGUGACAGGUAUCGUCUGUGUAGACAAUAGGGUGUUUGUGUCGGGAAAGAACUCCAAGAUCAUUUAUGACCUGGACAUACACGGAUAUGACAACAGAUUUUUGAAGCAUGAUUAUUUAGAUGACAUUUGCUCAAUGGAUGUCCAUGAAAACACACUGGUUACUGCCUCCAGCAAUGGAAAUAUUGUCAUCUGGGAGGCCGCCAGUGGCGAAGUUCUCUACUGGCUCAAUGGCAGCAACAGCCCUCGAACAAACAUGGCAGACAAAACCACUCAGGGCCAGACAGGGAGUCUGCUUGGUCACAAGAGUCCAAAGCAUGUCAGAGGCACUGGGAAAAGACCUCUAAAUAGUAAAUCCCUGAAUGGGAACAACACUGCUGUGAUUAACACACCUCUUAUCAUAUGUCUGAAGACCAGGGAGGUUAAAGUUCACACAGCCACACUGCUGACGUCUUCAGAUGGCAACAUAUAUGCCUGGUCUGUUAUUAGCAAGGGAGGAUUGAUUGGAAAGUUCAGAGCAGUGAAGGAUGAAGGAGCAGUCAUUACCACCAUGUCAACUGAUCCCAAUGACCAGAUAUUACUGACCGGGGAUAGUACCGGAAAGAUUUAUCAGUGGGACAUUCAGGCUUUUGGGUUUAAAAAACAGGCAAACAACGAGCCAUUUGAGGAUAUAAAUGGGUGGUGCGUGUCAUUGUGUCCACCUCCUCUGUUGCACUCCUGGCAAUCUCACAUCACAGGGGUGGUGAGUGUUCACUGUAACCCAACUUGUGAAAAGUUAAUUACCGCAGGGAACUGCAAUGUCUGUCUGUGGGAAAACACAGGAACCUACAUAGGCCUCUUUGGGAAAGACCAAUGGGGUGCUUCACAAAUCAGCCUUGAGGAGAAUGCUGAACAGGAGGAGACCGGCAGACCAAGCACAACGAAGACCAGCAACUUUCCAUUGGCACGUCCUGUCUUUCCAACAAAAUCAAAGUCAGAAGAACUGACAGACAGCAUUAAAAGCCUCUGUGACAGAAUAGACAAGGUAGUCAGCCCUAAGAAGCCUGGAGCCAAAUUAACAGAGGAUCUACUUGAUCGUGUAAAUAGACGGAUGAUGAAGAUUCAGUCAGGACUUGACUUAAUAAAAAGUGAGGCUCAAUUACAAUUAGAGUUUAAAGAAACUCACAAACCCCUGGAAAAUCUGUAUUUUAGUGAGGUCAACAAGGGGUCUAAAACUACAUCAACACCAUGUCCACCAAACACCAGGCCAACUACAGGUUGCACUAAUGACACCAUCAGCUUAGCAAACAUGCAGCAAUCUGAUGGUGCCGUCAAGCAGGGGACUGAACCCACUUCAAAACAAGUACAUUUGCAGCUCACACAAAGUCAAUUCAAGCCACACCCGCCCCUCAUCAGAGGUGGAUCUGCUCAUGACCAACUCUCUUACCGGACUGCAUAUUUGGACCAGACUAUGUCCAAAUAUGGGCGUGUGCUCAAGCUUCAGCAGAGAAACACAUUACAAGGCAGUGUCCUGACACCAGUUCCACCAAACACCCUGCCAGGCAUGGAGGGGUCUCAGCAAAAACCGGACCAUGUACACUUGCCACCCAUCAAGGAUAAGGUGCAUCGCCCACAUCAUCAGACCCGUUCAAAAUUUCAGCAGAGAGACACCUUAAAAGGCGGUGUCCUCACACCAGUUCUACCAAACACCCUGCCAGCUAUGAAGACCUCGCCACACAUGCAGCUGGACCCCUCUAGGUCCAAAUAUGGGCGUGUGCUCAAGACUCAGAAGAGAGACACAUUACAAGGCAGUGUCUUCACUCAAGUUCCACUAAACACCCUGUCAGGUACAAAGGGGUCUUGGCAAACACCGGACCAUGUACACUUGCCACCCAUCCUUGAUAAGGUGCAGAGCUCACAUCCUCAGACCCAGAUUCAGCAGAGAGACACAUUCAAAGGCGGUGUCCUCACACCAGUUCCACCAAACACCCUGCCAGCUAUGAAGACCUCGUCACACAUGCAGCUGGACCAGACUAGGUCCAAAUAUGGGCGUGUGCUCAAGACUCAGGAGAGAGACACAUUAAAGGGCAGUGUCUUCACUCAAGUUCCACCAAACACCCUUUCAGCCAUGGAGGGGUCUCAGCAAACACCGGACCAUGUACACAUGCCACCCAUCGAUGAUAAGGUGCAUUGCCCACAUCAUCAGACCCGUUCAAAGUUUCAGCAGAGAGACACGUUAAAAGGCAGCUUCCUUCCACUGUGUCAACCAAACACACUACCAGCUUUGAAGACCUUACCACACAUUCAGCUCUCGGCUAGUACAGUCAAGCACGGGUAUAAAAUCACAUCAAAGUAUGUACCCUUACCACCCAUCUCUGAUAAGCUCACCACAGACUGCACUAACGCUACAAGGAGCUCAUCAAGAUUACUCAGGAGAGGCAUUAAAAGGUGAGGUUCUCUCACUAUUUCCGACAACCACAACCACCAUUUCCAAUCACUGGCAGCAUGAAGGGUGAUUGUGUGGGUUUAGUCCAGGUGAUCUGGUUUCCUUAAACAAUUGUGUGAGUUCAUUCCAGGUGAUCUGGUUUCCUCAAACAAUUGUAUAGGUUUUCUCCGGGUGAACAGGUUACUCCCACAAUUAAAAUAAAUAAAUAAAUGUAUACUAAAAAAACAGUAUUUGUUGAAUAUCAAUGUUUUGGUAUGAACAUUAGCUUGUGACCUUGUUCAUUGUGCCCGCUACAACCCAGCUUCUUAGGAGAGAUCUACCGAAGGCACGGAGAAAAAAUGAGCAAAAACGUGAUAAAUUAUGGACAUCAAGUGGACAAAUCCUGGAUUUAACAGUUUGGACUUAAUGCUCAACGACCCCGAAAAAGGCACACGUUCCAGGCUGGAUAGAAAACCAUUCACUUCAUAACAAACAUCCUUAUGGGUGUUCAUGUGACUUUCAUGUGAAGAAUGCACUGAUCUUUUACUUAGGUCUCUAUCUUCGACCCACUGGACAUUUUGGCACACAGAAACACAAUUCUGAGAGCUUGCAGCUCAGGUUUCAGCGCUCCAGAACAUAGAAACAGAAUUUAUUCAUUGCUCCAGACUGCUAAACUCUCAGCACAAUUACAUUUUUUUCAUUCCAAUAGAAAUUUGAACUAAACCAGGAUUGACACUUUAAUUCUUAAGCAACUCCACUAAACUACAUUCUAAGAAGAGAUGUGUUAGAAAUUAUCUACAGAGUGUGCUCAAGGACAACAAGCAAAUGUGUGUGAAUCAUGUGUAUACAUAUAUAUAUAUAUAUAUAUAUAUAUAUAUAUAUAUAUAUAUAUAUAUA